UGCGCGGUCGGCUGUCCCCGAAAGCGCACGCUCUUACACAAUUUAUGAGCCAAGCGUGAGACGUCGCGGUUCCAUAAGUCACAGUUUUUUAACCAGUUUAUAUGAGCUGCGGUUUAAUCGAUGUUCCUUAUAAUUUAUUCUAACGUGUAGUUCUAUCGUGUAUCAAGAUAUGUUGGUGAAUUUAUUUAGUAGAACAUAAUAAAAAUCAUGAUGAACGGAUUAAAAGCGAUUUUUAGAUUUUUGGUGCUCUUCAUCACGUGUUUGACCUUGACCGGCGGUUUAGAAGAAGGCAGCCGGGUGAAGAGGGUACGAGCGGAGAGUUCAGGCGUGCGGGACCCGGCGCAGGCGCUCGACGCCCCGGAGCCCGACACUGUUGUGCCCGCGCCCCCAUCCUUCCUCAUACCCUCAGUGAAGGAGUAUUUGGAACUCGGCAUGGCUAUACCUGGAAAACCAGGGACGGAUUAUCCAAUUCUAGGCGCAGUGCCUUACACAAAUUUCUACUGCGACGAGCAGCCCUACCCUGGCUUUUUCGCUGACAUGGAAACCCGUUGCCAAGCGUGGCACUACUGUGAUAUCGACGGGCGCCAGGCUUCCUUCCUCUGCCCCAACGGCACGGUGUUCUCACAGGGCGUGGCCUCCUGCGACUGGUGGUUCAACGUCCGAUGUGCGUUGUCCCCUGCCCUGUACCCACUCAACGCAAGACUAUACCGACGAAAGAAGAAACAGUCCCGUCCUAAACCCCAUAGAAUAAUUGACAAAAAAUUAGUCGAUGAGAUUUUUCUGUAAAUAUUUGUAAGCUAGUUUAAGUUUUAAUGAUUUGGAACUCUAUGUUUAAUAAUAAAACAUUUGAUCAAUUCUGAAAGCUCUCAUGUUUGAAACUGUAAAAACGAUUAUGUCGAAACACAACAGUCUAAAUAGUUGUGUUGUGGCCAACAAAAUAGUUACUUUCUAAAUACAAGUAAAUAAACUCUUAUCUAUAUUUGUAUUUAAAUAAUCA